CUAAACUAAAGCUAUACUACCAUGCACAUGUAAAUUAGUGCUUUGUUUGAAAUAUUUACACAAAUAACGAUACAUCUUUAAAGAUGUAUGUGUGUUGUUCUAAAAUAUAAUUGUUGUUCCCUUCUUUAUAGACUUUAUGAGGAUGUUGAUUCUAAUAUGGCUUCUAUCGAUGUCAGACAUGACGCCGGAUGUGAAUAGUCAAAUGAACAAGAAGACUGUUGACACACCGUUAGGACCUAUAACGUGAUUGACGACGCCCAUUCAAACUGGAAGUAUAUCUCAAUUCCGCAAAAUCCCUUACGGGAAAACACCUGUUGAAGACCGAAGAUUCAACAAACCGGAACCGUUCGGAAAAUGGACUGGAACAUAUGAUGCAACGAAUUUUGGCCCAAACUGUGUGCAGGAUAUGAGUAUAUCAUUCAGAUCUGGGGAUAAUUUUCUUCCCAACUAUGGAGUGUCCGAAGACUGCUUACAUCUUAAUAUUUUCGUUCCAACAUCAGCGUCGCCCACAAGCUUGAAGUCGGUAAUGGUGUGGUUGUACGGGGGUGCUUUUGUGUCCGGACAAAGUGGUAUAUACGAUGGUUCUGCUUUGGCCUUCAAUGGUGACGUAAUUGUGGUUACUUUGAAUUACCGCAUUGGUCUCCUGGGAUUCUACAGCACAGGAGACGAAGCUGCACAUGGUAAUUAUGGAUUGUGGGACCAGCUUCUGGCAUUGCAUUGGAUCAAAGACAAUAUUAGGGCGUUCGGAGGUAAUCCGAAUUCAAUAACAGUAUUUGGCCAAUCUGCAGGAUCCUUGAGUGCUUCAAAUUAUGCUCUGAAUCCAAGAAAAUAAAGGAAUGUUUCACAGGGUGAUUCUUGAGAGCGGGACAGCAAAUCAGGUAGCUGCAUUCAAUCUUGAAAUAAAUGCAUAUGCCAGAGAGUACAGCAUUCUAUUAAAUUGUACAGAUAAGGGCAUUAAUCAUCCUAACACUACAGAAAUGGUGGAAUGCAUGCGUACUAGAUCGGUGAAGGAAAUUAUAAAAAGUCAGCAAGACCAUGUCGUCAAAACAUACGCUAAUUUCGUCCUCGACUUUAGUAUAUUCCCUGUUGUGGAUGGAGAACUAAUUCCAAUACACCCAAAAAUUAUUUUAAAGAAUACCUCAUCUCCAGCAUACAAAUUCCUACAGUCUCUUGAUGUUAUUGGAGGAACAACCAGCGGUGAAGGUUAUUUGUUGCUAGAUUACCAUGGCAAAAGCAUGGAAAGACUUUGGGGACUUAACUUAACAGAAGGCCUAUCAACUGCCGAUUUCUGUUCCAGGAUAGCACCAGAAAUGGCCAAUGACUUCUACCACAGCCAUCCGCAUGUGGCCAAUGACAUUUGUCAGAUGUACAAGUCGGGUGUAAGUGAUCAGGACCAAGCCCUGAAUGUUACAAAGGCGUAUGGUGAUAUGAUAAUGCAGGCACCAACUGUUUCGUUCCUAAAACGCCAUGCUAAAAAUAACAAUCAGACCAAAACCUUUCAGUAUCUUGUAUCCCAUGGAAAUUGUAUCACCAAAGUUCGCCGGGAUCCACCCUGGUUCAAGGGUGUUCCUCAUGCUGGUGAACUGCCCUACUUGUUUCGGCCAAAGUUCAUUGGAAUACUCAUCGAUACUUGUCCCGAAGACAUCUUAUUGUCGGCUAAAUUUAUCAAGUACUGGAGCAAUUUUGCCAAGACUGGAAACGACGACAAUGGAACGUAGCGUUCUGAUGUAUCUGUUCCUUUCGGCUUUUGUGUGCGAUGGUUUAUGUUCCAACUAUAAAACAGUGCGAACUCCGUCAGGACCCGUCAAAGGAAUUGGUAUACCUUAUAAUGGUGAUAUGGUGUUUCAAUACCGUAAUAUCCCAUAUGCUGAAUCUCCGGUAGGUGAUUUGAGACUACAGAAGCCGGUACCACACGGAACAUGGACAGACGUUUUGGAUGCGACAACAUUCGGUCCUUCCUGUAUUCAAGAUGUUGCCCGAAUAAAAAGUUUAAUACCGAAACUGCCGAAUUCUAAUUUUUCUGAAGACUGUUUGCAACUCAAUGUGUAUACACCAAACAUUGUUUCAACAUCACAAAACAGAAAGAGCGUCAUGAUAUGGGUUCAUGGAGGAGCUUUCAUGUUAGGACAUGCCACGUAUUAUGAUGCAUCUAAUAUUGUAUCCAAGGGAGACGUCAUACAAAUUCUUCCGGUCUUUAGACAUUAUAUAUGGCACAUGUAGCAGUGAAGGUUUGGUUGCAACUAUUAUCGCUGAUGGUCUUCAGAAGAAAUACGGGUUCAAUGCAACGCUUGAAAUACCUACCAUUGUUUUACGUGACGAGUUUGCACCAACAAUUUCUCAUUAUUACUAUAAUAGCAAUGAGCAUGUGUCCCGCGCUAUCUAUGACAAAUACACUAGCAAGGAUGCACUUACACAGAGCAAAAAUAUGAUAGAUGUGUUCACCGACUAUAUAUUUCUUGCCUCGACAGUAAAAGCACUGAACUCACAUUCAUCAACCGGUCUUGCCACAGGAGGAAACACUUUCCAGUUCAUAUUUUCAGCACAUGGUGUUUUGAAAGGGUAUGUUGUUCCCGUCUAUUUAGAAGGAGCGUGGCAUGGGGCCGAACUUCCCUUCUUGUUUGGUCUAGAUGGUCAAGGAGUUGUUGUGAACAAAACUGCAGAUAUCAACGCUGUAACAAACACAAUGAUUACAUAUUGGACAAACUUCGCCAAACACGGAAAUCCGAAUAGCCACGGACUUCCUGAUUGGCCUGUGUAUAAUCCGGUGACAACCGAGUAUCUGAACAUCAACACAAUAAUGUCCACAGGAAGUCACGUGGCCGAGGACAGAAUGAGGCUAUGGAACUGGUACAUCCCGUCACUGCUAAAGCUUCAAACGAGCGCAAUUUUAGGAAAGUAACAAAGCUUUUGAUUGAUGCCAGGUCGAUGAUUUCAAAUCUCAUUACGCACUGUAGACUUGAAUGACACGUAGUUAUCAAUUGACGUACAAUACAGUGACUACUGAUGUUGUUAUGCAAACGAGGACUUUGAAUAUUAUUUCUAGUUUAGGAAUCGAAUAAACGUUGUUUAUAUACUUCAAUGUUUGUUACAUAAACAUGACGGGAAGCUUUCU